AUGGCGUGUGACUGCCUUAUUGAUGUAUACCAUGCUAACACAUGGUCACAUGCAAAGGAAAUGAUUGUCUCAUCCUUAAAAAAUGUCCACCAGUCCACCAAGAGGAUAAUAAUAGCUUCAACGGCAUUGAGCAUGGGUGUCAACUUCCCUGAUAUUGAGUACAUUAUUAAUUGGGGUCCCCCACGAACAUUACUUGACUACCAUCAGGAGGCUGGUCGAGCUGGUCGGGAUGGUCGAAAGGCUCAUUCUAUUGUCACUUACCAUGGACAAAUGGCUGCUCAGUGUGAAACUGAUGUCAAAGAAUUUAUCAGGUCUACAGAUUGCCUGCGUGUUGCCAGUUUGUUGCCUCUGGAUAAACAUGUUGAACCACAUCUACCAGGUCAUGAUUGUUGUAGUCAUUGUCAUUCUCAGUGCAAAUGUGAUGGUGAUUCAUGCACUGUUCCUGUGCCUUCACAUGAAAGUGAACAAGAUGUUACAAGCAAUGUUUGCAAAAAUCCUGUUCUUGUGAGAUCUGUAACUCUAGAUGACAAAAGCGAUUUAAAAAGUGCUUUAGAAGAACUUGCAGAGAUGUUCAAUUCACAAGGAUCAAUUGUGCUUAAUACAGAAGACCAAACUGGAAUUAUAGAAGAUUUGGUAAGACAGUCCACAUCUAUAUUUACUGUGAAAGAUAUUGUCCAAAAUUUUCCAAUUUUAUCAUUACAGCAUGUAAUUAAGAUCCUUGAGGUAUUCAAUGAAAUAUUUGAGGACAUAGAAUGUGUAGAUGAAAUUUUGACAAACUUAAUUCAUGAUGUCCAGUUUGAACAACAUAGUAAUAUACCUGACAUAGAAUCAGCUCCCUUUGAGGAUGCAGAAGAUAUUUGA